UGUGAUUAUGUGAAAUAAUAAUAAAAAUAUUUUUUAAUUUUACUGUUUGUAAUCGAAAAUUCAAAUUUGUCUUGUCGGCCAUUACAUUUUGUUUCUUCGAACAAUGAGCGACUGCGAUUCUGAAUCGUUACUGUCCGUUGACUCAGCUACGAAAACUCGGAAAAAAGGAAUUGUAUACUUGUCGUCAAUACCGAAGUACAUGAACGUUACGAAAUUACGCGAGCUGUUGGGCCAAUACGGUGAAAUAGGCAGAGUGUUUCUACAGCCAGCUGCCAAUCCGAACCUGAAAAAGAGACCAGCCAAACAUUUCACGGAGGGUUGGGUAGAAUUCGAACGGAAAAAGGUCGCCAAACAGGCCGCGGAACUACUAAAUGGCAAGCGAAUAGAUACCCGAAAGCGCAGUAAAUAUUUUGACAGCGUGUGGAAUUUAAAAUACUUGCCUAGAUUCAAAUGGGUUCAUCUAAAUGAACGUUUAGCUUAUGAAAAAGCUGUACGCAAACAUCGUCUACGAGCUGAAGUAUCACAAGUAAAAAGGGAAGCUAAUCACUUUUCCUCCAAUAUUGUUCGAAGUGAAAAGAACAAGAUGUAUCAACAAUCAAAUAUCAAUAUUAAUGUUCGGCAAAGGUUGCCAGAAGAAGAAUUUUUACAAAACAAAAAUAGUGUACCAGAUAUUGAAUCAAGGACAGAAUUUUUAUCAAAACUUUUUUAAUUUGUAAUAACUUAAUAUAAGUACAUAAUUAAUACAUGUAAAUAAAUCAAAUUUAACAUA